AUGGUGAAAAAGUUGAAACGCGGGAUCCUGGUAGGGAAAAGAGCUGGCCUCUCCACUCCAUCACCUACUUGGAGACUUGAGUUCUCUUCUCAAAAUGCCACUUCUACUCGAGACUUCCUCCAACUUCCUACUGGACCUUCUAUAUCUGCUAGAAAACUCUGUGCCAACCUUUGGGAAGUUGAACCUCACUACCCACUUCUCAAUACGCGCAAAGGAGCUCCCAAGCUUCGCCUACACCAUUUUAAAUACAAGGGUUUUGAUGCUGAUGUUGAUCCUCCUGGUACUCCCUUUUAUCAGCCAGCAAGUGCAAGUAGCUUGAGGAGGCAUAUUGCAGCAUCAACGAUGCAACACCAUCGAGCAGUUGAAAGAAAUGGUCGUGCUCUACAACCUGUAUCUCCAGCAAGUUGUGGAAGCUCAAUGGAGUUGGCACCUUGUCACCCUACAAUCACGCCAUCUAGUUCUUUGGACUUUAAGGGAAGGAUUGGGGGAUCAGGUUAUAGCCUUAAGACAUCAACGGAGUUGCUCAAGGUACUCGACCGAAUCUGGGCUCUUGAAGAACAGCACGUAUCAAACAUGUUGUUAGUAAAAUCUCUGAAAAUGGAACUGGAUCUUUCUUGGGGCCAGAUCAAAGAGUUGCUGCAAGAGAAGCAAACAGAAAGACAAGAAAUGGACAAUUUGAUGAAGAAAGUUACACAGGAUAAAAUUGUUAGGAAGAACAAGGAGCAAGAUAGAAUCAAAGCUACCAUUCAGUCAGUGAGAGAUGAGCUAGAAGAUGAGAGGAAGUUAAGAAAGCGUUCUGAAAGUAUGCACCGAAAGUUAGCUCGGGAACUCUCUGAGGUAAGAUCGUCUUUUGCUAAUACAUUGAAAGAACUUGAGAGAGAGAGAAAAGCACGAAUUCUACUGGAGAACUUGUGUAAUGAAUUUGCUAGGGGAAUAAGAGAAUACGAAGAGGAGGUGCGGUUCCUAAAGCACAAGCAUCAGAUUGAUGAAGUUGAUGGGGAAAACCCUGAGCGGCUAAUUCUCCAUAUUUCAGAGGCAUGGCUUGAUGAGCGGAUGCAAAUGAAGCUUGCUGAAGGUCAAACCGAGCCUGCUGGAAAGAAUACAAUUGUUGACAAGUUAAGCCUUGUUAUAGAAACAUUUCUUGAAGCUAAUCGCUCCACUGGAUCAAGGAAAAGUGAGCUUAAACAGAAUUGCUCACGCCAACAUUCUUUAGAGUCCUAUACAUUAAAUGAGGCUGUUAGUGCUCCUCAAGGUGCUGCUGAUGAAGAAGAUUCCAGUAAUAGUGACUCUCAGCGCGAUGAACUGAAAAAAACUGCAAACAGAGUCCAAUGCAAGAGGAGCUGUAAACUUCAUGGGAACAAUGCUUUAUUAAGUCAUCCCGAAGAAUUAGGAAACCCAAAUUCGACAGGGAAAAAGGUGGUGUCUCGAGAUGUCAUUAAGGGCAGUAAAUUGCAUACUUCGCGAAAGCAGUUUGAUGAACAAAUGGCUACUGGGGAGCGUAUAUAUGAUAAAAAAGACAGACGGCAUGGAACCCGUGGAUCGAGUUCAAGGCAUGUGGUUGAUAGCUUAAUCAGAAAUCAUUCCAUGUCCUCAGAAGGUGGCAAGGUUCAUCCUGAGAGUAGUUUGAGGGAAGAUUCAUGUGUUCAAUCUGUAUUUAAAGAUUGUGCUAGUCCAGUUCGACAAUGGGUAUCGAAGUUGACAUCUCCAGAUUUUGAAAAAUCUGAUUCUUCUCUGAAAUUGCCUCAGGGUUUUAAGGAGAAUACCUUGAAGGCAAAACUACUAGAAGCAAGACUAGAAGGCUAG